AUGCCUCAACAUCUCUUGGAAAUAAAUGAGAAGGCCUACCAACCUCAUAUAGUUUCCAUCGGUCCUUAUCACUAUGGCGACACGCGUGUGGAGAUGAUGCAGCAGCAUAAACGGAGAUUUCUUCGUGAUCUACUUGCGCGAACACCAUCAAAUGGCCGGAGACUUGAUCACUACAGGCAGGUUGUAGCAUCAAUGGAAGAAAGCAUACGAGGGUGCUAUUCGGAGACAAUCGAUUUAAGCAGUCAUGACCUAGUUGAGAUAAUGGUGUUGGAUGGCUUGUUUACUGUUGAGCUCUUUUGCAAAGUUGGAAGGAAGUCACCAAGUGAUCCAGAUGAUCUUGCAAGCUUGUCACCAAGUGAUCCAGAUGAUCCCAUCUUUAACUUGGCAUGGGUAUUUCCUAACCUCAUACGCGAUCUUUUGCGUUUGGAAAACCAAAUUCCUUUCUUCGUUCUUCAAAAAUUAUUCGAUGAAUCAAAAGCAUCAAGAGAAGAUAGUGAGUCAUCCCUUGCCAAACUUGCUUUGGAAUUCUUUAAUCAUGCAGUAGAAAGAACUGAUAUCAGUACUACUGAAGAAAAACAUUUACUCGACUUACUUCGCUUAAGUUUUAUUCCUAAACCUUAUGAUCAGUCACCUCAAGGUCCAGCUAGAAAUAUUCGUCCAUUAGUUCAAUUGAUCCGAUCUGCGAAAAAGCCUCUACAAGGAACAAGGAAGGCAGUGAAAAAGUUUGUAGCAGGAAUUAAGUCCAAGACAAGGAAGGGAAAUACCUCUGCAUCGAUUGAAUUCAUUCAAUCAGCCGAAAAGCUUCAUCUUGCUGGAAUUAAGUUCAAGACAAGGGAUGCGAUGAGCAUCUUGGAUAUAAGAUUUUGCAAAGGAGUGCUCGAAAUUCCACACAUAGUACUAGACGAUCUACGCACUCUGCUGUUGUGCUCCUACUACUUACCGCUUUUCAAGUCGUCCUUGCUUGUUUUGUGUAUUUCCGUCCCCCAAAAUCUGGGGGAUAGGCCUUACCAUCAUAUUCCAAAGCAUUGUCCUCUAGCUGUUGGAUCGGUCAUUGCCGACAAAGGAUAUACUGGGGUUGUUGCUCGGGACUCUUCUGGCACCUUUAUUGCUGCUAGGAGAAGUAGUAUUGAUGCUCCUUCGGCUGCUGCAGCUGAAGCGGUUGCGAUCCACCAUGGUUACGAGUUGGGUGUUGCUUUGGGAGGGAGGCUUUUCCAGCGCUGA